ACGUGUGGCGCAUAAAUAAUUAAAAAUCAUCACUAUUUUUUCCGGCCCAUUGGAAAAAAUAUUUUCUACUUGAGAAAUGAACCUGCAGCGGAGGAUUAACGGUUCGAUAUUUCCGACGAUUCUAAAGCGUUUAAAAAUAAAUUCCACUACCUCCAACGCCCAAUAAAAAUCAAACGUCAAUUAUUUCCCCGAUUUGACGUUUUCGUAUUUUUUAAAAUGUUUAUAACCCCCACAGACAACAUUUAAAUUGCUGUUUGAAGAAUUCUGUACAUGACAAUGGCCUGGAAGCAGCUGCCCAUUGGCCAACUCCUGGUGUCCAUCGGUCACAUAAUUUCUCUCGAUUUUAUGAAGCAUUUGGCUAGAAAUACUUUGAAUUUCGUCGGAGGCUGGAUGGGCCGAGUAGCGAGGGCCAAGAGGGAGGUGAUAACCAAGAGAUUGAGGAAACGACGGAAAAGAUUGGAGGCGUGUAGAAUGGUGAAGAGGGGGCUCUGCAAGUGCAGCUGCGCCAAGUGCUCAUAUGUCCAGAGGAGGAGGGUUUUGGAGCCUGACUAUCUGGACAAUUUGGCGUAUCAGCGGAGAAUUUCUCAAGAUAUAUCCCCAGCUGAAAGGGACGUCCCCGAAUCCCCGGAACUACCCCUGGAGGAACUAAAAGUCCGUGAAGACCAUCGAGACCUGCAACAAUUGAAUUACGACGGUGUGGUCUGGUGGACAGGCGUGAAUCACCGGGUUCUCAUGCCGCCCCUGCUCAACAACUUGCCAACUAGGUCCAACUACUCGUCAACAUCGGGCUUCCGGUCUGCAUCACCUGACAUUCUAGAAUCCAACGAUACCAUAAACACUUCUGACGGCUACGAUUCUUCGGACUAUCAAUCAUGUUGGGAGGACUCUUCAUCCCCCAGGACCAUGAGAAUGUCGUCAAAAUCCGAGCCGAGAGUGGCGAAUCUGCGAACGGAGCAGAACCGAGUGACUCGUACAUCACGAAGUGCAUCAAUGCCGUUGGGCCACCAGCCAAAUCAUCAAGACACCUCUCAAUUGGCAUCAGAUCCCAGUGAGACACCCGACAGGAGGAAGAAGCGACCUGUUAGCAGCAAGACAACGGCCAGCCACGUGUGCGAUACCUUCAGCACUUGUGUCAAAUGCUCCAACACAGCAUCAAAACCCAGCAAAAGGGCCACACUUUAAAUUAUCGAUGCCGAUUACCUCACGAAGUGUUAGCUUCUACGGAGAAAUGAAUAAAAAAAAAAACGAGAUAAACAUUACGAGAAUAGAAAUUCUUGACCCGAAUUCUGAAGUAAAAUGAGACAUUGAGAUUUUGGUCUGGUACAUUUUUUUCUGGUACCAGAAAUUUUCCACAGAUGAAAUUUAAAGCCAGAGGAAAAUGUCUCAUGUGUCUCGGAAACUUCUGAUUUUUUCGAAAAACUGAUCUGUAAAUAGAUAUUUCAAAAGAGGAAAUGUCAGUUCUGGUUUAGAUUCUCCUAUCGAUGAGGAAUUUUUCGUAAAUAAUUUCUGGCGUUUGGAAUUAUCUCGCAGCCUCCUCAAAAAUUUUAUAACAAUUCAAUUCUUUAAUUUUUAGAUUGUUUUUUAGUUGUAGAUCAAUGUCAUGAUCAGAUCAAUGAAGGACGAGUAUAUUAAUGUUUCCUGACGUCAAUAAUUAUUCCAAAAAGGUGGAGGAAGAGAAUCAAUGAGUUGGGAAUCAGCUGGUCAUCAAUAAUCGAUAAACAAUUGAUAAAUCUCAGUCAUACGAAAUAAAAUGUAGGUUCAACGGUAUUGGAAAAGAAAAACGGGGAAAUUAAUAAGUUUUUCCGU